AUGCGUCCUGAUAAGCCGCGCGAUCCUGUUGCUGGGCCUGACGCUGGCCCGGAGCCCCCCUACCCCGUGCGAUUGUCGGGACCGGUCAUUAAGGGCUUCGGGCGGGGGAGCAAGGAUCUAGGAAUCCCCACGGCCAAUAUCCCCGCCGACGACUUGACCGAGAACCAUCCCGACCUGACCUCUGGCGUAUACUACGGCGUGGUUGCGCUGGACCCUAAGACCCUGGCGCAUGAGAACGGAUCGAUAAAUGGAGAUGAGAAAUCUUCUUCAGCGACUAUUUUGCCGGCUGUGCUGAGCAUUGGGUAUAACCCGUUCUAUAAGAAUACUGUGCGGUCGGUGGAGAUUCACAUUAUGCCCCCUCUCACCCAACCCUCUCCGACUGCGGUCGCGCAGCCUACAUUCAACCGUCUGCCCGAUUUCUAUGGCACCCAGCUCAACCUCCUGAUCUUGGGGUACAUCCGCCCGGAAUACGACUAUGUCUCACUGGAGGCACUGAUCGAGGAUAUCCGAAUUGACUGCGAGGUUGCACGGCAGAGUCUCCUGCGGAAAGCCUAUCAACAGUAUAUUGUGGAUGAUGGAAAUGUGUCGGACAAUGUUAAUGAGGACCGGAAAUGGCUGACAACUUUUGACAGCGGGAGCGCAAAUAUCUCAGGCAUCUGA